AUGUCCGAGAAACAGCAAAAGCUCGUAUAUUCUAUUAUCGAGUUUCUUAACCAGUCUAUUCAAGAUGGAACCGUCAAGGCAGAUGAUCAGGAGAGUCUUGAGGUUGCUAUCCAAUGUAUCGGAGAGGCAUUUGGAGUAGAUCCUUCCAACCAGGAGCAAGUUCAAAAACUGUCUGUGAAACCGGCUACUCUUCAGAGUAUAUUUGAUGUAUAUAUCAAAACUCGCGAUAAGGUUUCCUCUGCUCAGUCGUCGUCGCCUGCGUCCGCGUCCACUUCCAAACCUAAUGUCCCUUCAGCUGAAGAUAAAGCACAGGCCGAGAAAUGCAAGCAAACAGGCAACGCGCAGAUGUCCAGCAAGGAGUACGAUGCUGCUAUCGAAUCGUACAACAAAGCUGUUGCACUUGAUCCUACCAACCCCGUCUAUUAUUCCAACAGAGCCGCCGCGCACUCGAGCAAAGGCGAUCAUCUCGCCGCAGUCGGAGAUGCUGAAAAAGCGAUCUCUGUAGAUUCCAAGUUCGUAAAGGCAUACCAUAGACUGGGACAUGCGCAAUACUCUCUUGGUGAUUUCAAAGCCGCUGCGAGUGCUUUUGAACGUGGCUUGAAACUAGAGCCUUCUAACGCAAGCUUGAAAACGGGCCUUCAGAACGCUCGAGCCCGCAUAGACAGCGACAACAGCGACGAUACGGUGUCUGGUACUCGAUCAGGCGGAGCCUCAGGGGCUGGGGGUCCAGGACUAGGUGGAAUGGCCGAUAUGUUAAGAAAUCUGGGCGGUAGCGGCGGUCCUGGUGGGGGUGGAAUGCCAGACCUUGCCAGCAUGAUGAACAACCCACAACUCAUGGCCAUGGCCCAACAGAUGGCAGCAAAUGGUGGGCUUGCCAGCCUCAUGCAGAACCCAGGAGUCGCAAAUAUGAUGAGCCGUGUACAAUCAGGAAACAUGCCCUCAAUGGAGGAGAUCAUGGCAGAUCCCAGCUUGCGGCAACUAGCGGAGCAAUUUGGUGCAGCUGCAGGUCGUAGAUGA